AUGGCCUCCCUCGCUGCGCGCUCCUUACCUUCACUCGCUCGGGUUCAAUCAUCGCACGCAGGUAGCCGCUUCAUCUCUACCACGCGGGUCGUGCGCCAGGACACGGCAGCAACACCGAAUCUGGGUUCCGUGCCUCCUGCGAAGAAGCCCGUGGGGGCAUUCCGUGGAGGGAUUGUUGGGUUCCUGUUUGGGUUCUCUUUGGCGUCGUCCUUCGCCGCGUACCACUUGCUAGAGGAGUACAAGAUGGCCUCUGCGGCACUGCAGGCUAGCGUGGAAGAGCUUCAGGCGAGCACGCAAAAGGUCUCCGCACACGUCCGAAGGAUUGAGGCUGUGGAGAAAGAGCUCAAAGCAUUGAGCGAGACUGCUGCCACCAAGGAGGACUUCUCUCGCGUACGCGCCGAGAUGAAGAAGUUGUACGACGGUUUGCACGUUGAAUUUCUCGAUCUGCGGGCUCAUGUAUGGGGGAUCCAACAAGAUCUGCACUCCUUGUCGAAAAAGGAAGCCUCCAGCGUUCGCCUUGUGUAG